CGCCCGCAGGCGCGCAUGCGGCCGGUCGGCGAGGGGCGGGGCCGCGGCCUUGCGCGGGGUCGAGGGCGGAAGCGGGCGCCGCGGGAGGGGGCCUGUUGCCAUGGCGACCGCGACGGAGGGUCUGCUGGAGGCUGCCGCGCGGCCCGCCAAGCAGGAUCCCGCUGUUGAAACAGCAGAGGAAGCUAAGGAACCAGCAGAGGCAGACAUCAAUGAACUCUGUAAAGACAUGUUCAACAAAAUGGCCACUUAUUUAACAGGUGAACUUACAGCCACCAGUGAAGACUACAAACUCUUGGAAAACAUGAAUAAGCUGACUAGCUUGAAGUACCUAGAAAUGAAAGAUAUUGCUAUAAACAUCAGUAGAAAUCUGAAGGAUUUAAAUCAAAAAUAUGCUGCUCUUCAGCCAUAUCUGGAACAAAUCAACCUAAUUGAGGAACAGGUUGCAGCUCUGGAGCAGGCAGCUUAUAAAUUGGACGCAUAUUCCAAAAAACUUGAAGCCAAGUACAAAAAACUGGAGAAACGAUGAAAUUACAACAAUCUUUAAGUUGGAUUUGUGCUAUAAGUCAGACUGGUUUAAGUUGCACAACAGCAAUUCUGUAUGUUGACAAGGAUUUGCUUCCAGCUAACAUCAAGACUGGUAACUUCCGUCUACUGAAUAUAGUAGGCUGUAUUCAGUAGACUGAAUAUUUUCCUUUUCUCAAGAGGUUCUGUUGCCUCAGUUUUCUGCAGUGAAAAGUAGAAACCUGUCCCUAACCCGUAUGUUGAUAUUGGCUAUCUGUGUGCAAGUCCUGUGUCCCACAUGAAAUACUCUAUCUGGGAAAUGCCCUCCAUAAUCUAUAAAGAGUAGCAGCAGGACCUAAACUUCUUUUUUUUUUUUCUUCAUUGAGCUCUGCAUUGAGAGGAUACCUGGGCCUCUGGAGUCACGAGCAUGGUGUUGGAAACACUUCAUUUUGAUAUCCACCUUUAUCUGUUUGAAAUAGAGAGAUGAAGUACUAUAAAUUUGCAAUAAAACAACUGGCUGCA